GCAAUAGAGAGGGGGAGAAAAUAUUAGCGAGGGGAGAGCUAGCAGUGACUUCCUUCAAGGAAACUCCAGGAGGGGAAAAUAAGGAGGAAUAAUGCACUAGGGGAAGGAGGUUGAUAGUCGCUACAGAGAAUCAGCAGCACCUAUAGCAAUUGACAUCCUGCUGCAGUGCCGCUACCUUCGCUGACUGAUCCUGUCAAUGGAGCUGGAAAAUAUUGUUGCCAAUACUGUCUUGCUGAAAGCCAGGGAAGGGGGUGGAGGAAAGCGCAAAGGCAAAAGCAAAAAGUGGAAGGAAAUCUUGAAAUUCCCUCACAUUAGCCUGUGUGAAGAUCUCCGAAGAACAAUAGAGAGAGAUUAUUACAGUUUAUGCGACAAGCAGCCAAUUGGAAGGCUUCUCUUUCGGCAGUUCUGUGAAACUCGACCGGAGCUUGAGUGUUGCAUUAGGUUCCUUGACUCGGUGGCAGAGUAUGAAAUUGCUCCAGAUGAAAAACUGGGAGAGAAAGGAAAGGAAAUCAUGAUGAAAUACCUCACCCCAGAGUCCCCAGUUUAUGUUGCAGAAGUCAGUCAAGAUCUUGUCCAUCAGACUGAGGAAAAACUCGAAAUCAGCCCCUGCAAAGAGCUGUUUUCUCACUGUGCAAAAUCUGUCCUUGACUACCUAAGUGGAGAGCCAUUUCAAGAAUACCUAGACAGCAUGUACUUUGAUAGGUUUCUGCAGUGGAAGUGGUUGGAAAGGCAACCAGUAACGAAAAACACAUUUAGGCAGUACAGGGUACUAGGAAAAGGUGGUUUUGGGGAGGUCUGUGCUUGCCAAGUCCGAGCGACAGGGAAAAUGUAUGCCUGCAAAAGAUUAGAGAAGAAGAGAAUAAAAAAGAGGAAAGGCGAAUCCAUGGCAUUAAAUGAAAAGCAGAUUUUAGAAAAAGUCAAUAGUCAAUUUGUAGUUAACUUAGCCUAUGCCUAUGAAACAAAGGAUGCACUGUGUUUAGUUCUGACCAUAAUGAAUGGGGGUGACUUGAAGUUCCACAUCUACAACAUGGGAAACCCAGGCUUUGAGGAGGAGAGAGCUUUGUUUUAUGCAGCAGAGAUUCUUUGUGGCUUGGAAGACCUGCAUAGAGAAAACACUGUAUACAGAGAUUUGAAGCCAGAAAAUAUCCUGUUAGAUGAUUAUGGCCAUAUUAGAAUAUCUGAUCUGGGUCUAGCUGUUAAAAUCCCGGAGGGUGACUCAAUCCGUGGAAGGGUAGGAACAGUAGGGUAUAUGGCUCCAGAAGUCUUGAACAAUCAGAGAUACACCCUCAGCCCUGACUACUGGGGGCUAGGUUGCCUCAUUUAUGAAAUGAUUGCUGGACAAUCACCAUUUCGUGGAAGGAAAGAGAAGGUAAAGAGAGAAGAGGUGGACAGGAGAGUCCUGGAGACUGAAGAGGUGUACUCCCAUAAAUUUUCUGAGGAGGCCAAGUCUGUCUGUAAAAUGCUACUAACCAAAGACGUGAAGCAGAGGCUGGGAUGUCAGGGGGAAGGUGCAGUGGAAGUGAAGAAGCACCCAUUCUUCAAGAGUAUGAACUUCAAACGAUUAGAGGCAGGAAUGUUGGACCCUCCCUUUGUCCCUGAUCCCAGAGCAGUGUACUGCAAGGAUGUGUUGGACAUCGAGCAAUUCUCCACAGUGAAAGGGGUAAACCUGGACCAAACAGAUGAUGAUUUCUAUUCCAAGUUUUCCACAGGAUCCGUAUCUAUUCCAUGGCAGAAUGAGAUGAUAGAAACAGAGUGUUUUAAAGAGCUAAAUGUAUUUGGACCAAAUGGUACUAUUUCACCGGACCUAAACAAAAGCUACCCCCCAGAGCCACCCAAGAAAGGAUUACUACAUAGAAUAUUUAAACGUCAGCAUCAAAACAAUUCAAAGAGUUCACCGAAUUCAAAGGCGAGUUUAAAUCACCACAUAAAUUCAAACCAUGUAAGUUCAAACUCUACCGGAAGCAGCUAGUUUGAACUCAACUUUCAUGAAACAACGUGUUGCAUCCUUCCACUAUAAUCUAUGGAGCUUCUAAGGAUGAGAGAGCAUCCACCGUUGAGUUAAAAAAUAAAUGACCUCCCUGCAAUGGAGAUAUUCUAUCCAUUCCUUCCAGUGGAGCCUCACAUUUUAUGAAGAAAUUUCCACUCAGGUCUGUUUUUGGAGGUGGCACUCAAGAUGGUGUGAAUCAGAUUUGUCUAUUUAGAACAUUGCAAUAGAAAUUCAACGAACAUGACUACUUGCACGUAUUUAAAUAGCAUCAUACUAGAACUGAAUUUUGUCUUUAUUAUUUUUAAAGAAAAGUUUUGUAAAUUUCUCUAUUGUCUCAGUUUACAUUUUGUACAUUUGUAUUUAAAUGAAAGUCAGACUUUGGGGUGUAUAUUUUCUGAGCAGCAGCUGUAAAGCCAUGUGUUUUAAGACUUUUUUUUAAAAGAAAUGUGACUCAAGACUUCCAGAGCCUCAAAUGAGAAAUCAUUCUUGUUAGUAAGUGUAGAAAAUUAUUCAUAUUUCACUUUAUCAAGUUGGUUUUACUGACAUGCAUUUUUAUGGCACAGUUUAUUCUUAAUUAUUUUACAUCUGUAUAUUUGGCUUACAGCAACACUGCAUACAUUUUUCCUCUUUGUUGGUUUGUAAAGUCUUGUAUUAAAUGCUAUUAUACGUAGUCAAGACUUUGCCGCAUCUAAGAAUACUAUUUGCUAUGUCUGAGGUUCGUAAUGUCAUGGGACCAGCACUGUUGAGAUUUGCACUUAUUUUCGUUGUUAGAUCAUCACAAUAUUUAUUGUUUUUAAUGGAACCCUGUUUUAAGUCCUCCUCCUUUUCAAACUUUUUUUUACUAUUGCUAAUGAGAGAAAGAACAAAUGUUAGCAAGGGGAGCUAAGAAAGACAAGUUGUCAUCAGUUCUUCAAAGACCUGAAAUCCUUCACCCAUUGAAAUUAACAGCAAAGCUCCCAUUGAUUUCAAUGAUGCAGGAUCAGGCCACAAGUGAGAGUUGCUUUUAGUUGCUUAUGUCACACAGCUACCAAGAGAUUGACUCAAUGGCCCUGUCUGUGCUGGCCAGGGAAGCUAUAGGGGACAGAACCAAGCCAGGAAGGUUCAGCUCCAGAUCUCAACUUUUCUAUAUCCAUUCCAGCCCAUGUCUACUUUCAAGUGAGUUGUUCUAGAGCCCUUAGGCUGCAUGGCUCCUUUUCUGGCCCCCUCAACCAGUGAUGAAAUGACUGUCCCACUACAGUUAGCUGAGUUCAGUGCCCAUUGUAAAACAGUAUAGUUUGCCCUUUUUUGAUUCCACAAUGCUUCAUCUCAGGCCACCCCAUAUUAUUGUUUAAAACAAUUGUCCCACUGGUAUAGAUGGGCUCAGUCAGGUUCAAUAUCCACACUAUGAACCAGUUAACAAAAGCAUACUAUGGCUGGGUCUACACUACCCGCCUGAAUCGGCGGGUAGAAAUCGACCUCCCGGGGAUCGAUUUAUCGUGUCCCGUUGGGACGCGACAAUCGAUCCCCGAAUCGACGCUCUUACUCCACCAGCGGAGGUGGGAGUAAGUGCCGUCGACGGGAAGCUGCAGAGGUCGAUUUUGCCGCCGUCCUCACAGCGGGGUAAGUCGGCUGCGAUACGUCGAAUUCAGCUACGCUAUUCACGUAGCUGAAUUUGCGUAUCUUAAAUCGACUCCCCCCUGUAGUGUAGAUGUAGCCUAUGUGUUAGGAGUGUAUCUAUUCUCAAACAUGCCAUGUAGGACAUCAGGUGUCAAACACAGCUUCACCCAUUUCAAUUGAUAUUGGGAAACAUUUGACCCACUGGUGUAGACGGAAUCUGCUGAAUUCAACAUUUGCUGUAAAAUAGUUUGGUUGACCAUGCUUUUUUACAACAGUUGCUGAAUUGAUUGAGUUUUCCUAAACUUUUGGGACAACUGAUGUCUGACAUGUCAUGUCUAAGAAUUAAAUGACUACACUAAGGUUAGGCCAUGUCUGUGCUGCCCAGGGAAACUGGGUUAGCGUCUUUCUAGCAAGAACUACAUGUAUGUUUAAUUAACCACAAGGAACAAGUUACUUAGGUGGGUUCUGGAAUCCCCAUCAUUGGAGGCUUUUAAGAACAGCUGAGACAAACACCUAUCAGGGAUGGCCUAGAUAUAUUUAAUCCUGCCUCAGUAUGGGAGGAUAAACUAAAUGACUUCUUGAAGUCCCUUCCUGCCCUGCAUUUCUAUGAUUAGACUGGUGUGCACAGGCGCCAACUUUCUAAUAUGCCAGGGGUGUUCGACCCCCGGCUCUGCCCUAGGCCCUGCCCCCACUCCACCCCUUCCUCCAAGGCCCUGUCCUGCCUUUUCCUGCCCCUGUUCCACCCCCACCCCACCUCUUCCCACCCCUUUCCGCCCCUUUCCCUCCAGUGUGCCGCGCCCUCGCUCCUCCUCCCUGUCCCCGCAGCCUCCUGCACGCCACGAAAUAGCUGAUCGCGGUGGGCAGGAGGCGCAGGAAGGAAGGGGGAGGCACUGAUCAGCGGGGCCUGCCGGUGUGCAGCAAACACUGGGGGGGAGGCUGAUGGGGGCCUGCCGGUAGAUGCUCAGCACCCACCAUUUUUUCCCUGUGGGUGCUCCAGCCCCGGAGCACCCACGGAGUCAGCGCCUAUCCUGGUGUGAAAUUGGUUUCCGUGGCCAACGCAGAAAGAGCAACAGAAUGCAUGAGGUUUCUUACAGGCAAAACCAUGAAUGAUAAGGACUCAAAAUAAAGUAAGUUCUAGAACAACUUAAGAACAACUUAAGAUCAGUAAGGGACAGAACAAGGUCAGUGCUUUGGUAAAUUAGCUGAGUGAGAAAGGAAUGGAGAUAUUGGGCUAUGUAUGUACGUAUUGGGCUGAUGUGCGUUUGUCAUGGAGUACAGUAUGCCAAGAAGCCAAGACAUCCCGUAGGGCAACUAAUAAGGUUGUGAACUCUCCCAAUCACUUGUAGAGAUACAGGUAAUUAAGACUGUGUUGUAAACAAUCCAAAACAGCAAUGAAAAUUUGUCUCCCUCUUCCUUCUGACUGAAGUUCUGGGAAGAUGCGGUGGUGCAGAGGGUGUUUACUCCUCACUUUAUCAAUGCAAAGAUCAAACAGGCAGAGUGCCAGCAGUUUCACCUGUGUCAGUGAUGCCACUGCAGAUUUGAGCAGAGAUGAAAGAAUGUGGAGAGGUGAAUGCUGAGAAUUUGGACUAAUUAUGUCUCCAGUUUAGUUGUAAUAGUUCCAACUCACUAGUAGGCAUGAGACAUGAGACGAGAGAAGUACUGUGUGAGUGAAAUUCUCCAUUUAUGUUCUGAUGCAGGCCCACUGAAGUCAGCAGGAAUCUAUGCACUGACUGUAGUGGGCUUUGUGUUAGGCCCUUAAUGCAAAGUUUGCAUUUUGUGGAUGGCCUUGCAUGGGCCCUCUGCAUCAGGGUGGAUUUCACCCAAUUUCAAGAAAUGUAGGUGACAAUUCAAAGUGCAGCUCUAAGGGGAACCUCAGUUUCUGUGGGGCUUAAUGUAGGGCUCACUGUUUCAGUACCAGUGUGUAUGAGAAGCUUUGUAUGUAGAACUUUACUUGCUUUGCCUAGAAUAUCCUUACUGGGAUACAUUUUUUUCAAAGGGAGAGACUGAUGUCCAUGUGCCAGAACAACACUCAGAUUCAUCUGUGUGUGCAGUAUGUCAGUGCUCUCUCAAACUGGUUAAUUCAUAAGCACAAAUGCAAAACAAGGGAAGCGCACUGAGUGGUAGAUAGAGCAUGGUCCUAGGUUGUGUUUUCAGUUCUGCUACUCCCUCACCUUGUGGCAUUAUAGAGGCACCUACCUCCCAUUAGAAUAACGUGUAUAAUAAUGUUUGCCUGUCGCUUGGGGUGGGGUUGUGAGGCUUAAAUCAGGAAUGUUUGUAAAGUGUGAUGAGGCUCUUGGAUAAAAGUCAUAAUAAGAGUCACAUAUUAAUAUUCAUCAUUAAAUGUGGGUGAGUGCAGAGCGUAUGCAUGAAGAGCUCAUUCCCUACAUUUUUAACCAUUUGGUCCAUGAAGACUCCGUUUUCUUUUUUUGUUAUUUUAACGCUUCACAUUUAGAUUAGAGAUGAAAAACCUAAUGACAGUGAACCCUCUCUUGAAGUCUGUUUGUUAAGGCUAAAUGACCAAUUAAUAACCCUGUCUAGAAGGAACAUCAUGGGUAGCCACAACACUGCCAGUCAAUACCAGUCUUGACCGCCAGUCCUGGGAUUCUCCUGAACAGGGCUUGCCUCCUAUGUCAAACUGAGCAGUAUUUUUUGUUAUAUAUCCCACUCGAGACUAGGCUAAGAACACACUGUGCUCACAUUCACUUGUGUGAUCCAUUAAAAUUGGAACACCGAUUACUAUGGGUGGAACUCUAGUCAAUCAAUUUGUUACACAACCUAAGUCCCCCAAACACAUGGAGCCUGAUUCUCAGAGGUGGUGAAUACUCACAAUUCAAUCUGAAGUCAAUGGGAGCGGUGGGCGUUCAGCACCUCUGAAAACCAGGCCUAUAAUUUCUUUAUACUACUUUGGAGAGAGCAUACUGCUAGCAAGAGAGUGUUUAGUACUCUGAAUCAUAAUGAAUAGCUUUGAGAUGGGUUUGCACAUGGCAAAAGAAUAGAAAGAAAUAGUUAUUUCAUAGUUUUCCAGCACAAGAUUCAUUUAAUCUAUUAUCUUUCCAGAAAGAACAAAGAUCCUUUUGGGAAGUGCACAAGAUUAGAGCUGGUUGAAUUAUUUGUAUGAGUAGACUGUUGAGCAAAUUUAGCUCUUUAAAUGUUUGGAAAUCAUUUACAAACAGAUUCUGAAUUCUGCAACUGGAUUUAUUUUUAAGUCUUCUCCAGAUAGGCUGAAAAUUAUUCAUCCGUCUAUGGGUUCUUCAUUAACUUUCUAGUUCAAUGAUUCUUUAUGAGUGGUGUGUGAAAGAGUCACAUGGCAUUUUUUCUGCUUUCUGCUUGGAUGAUUGAAACUUCUAAAACGUGAAAAUAAUAGCAAAUAAAUAUUUUUUUGAGUCUGCACAUAUAACCUUUUUCAUGUGAAAAUAAGGGUGUUUGUGCACAAACAGCCAUUCCGAAGACAUGUGUGAACAAAAACCUGUUCAUGCAAAUGAAAAAACGCACAAAACUGGUCAAACCAAGCAGCCAAUAGGAAUUCAAAUGAACAUUAGUGAAUACCGUUCUUGCAGUACUGAAUCAGGUUUACUUAAUAUAGAUAUUAAGAGGAAUUUGUUCAAUUGACACUCUGUUUUUCAUAGAAAAUUUGGAAUGUCUUUAAGAAAUAUUUGAAGUCACUUGUGAUCAUUCCCCUCCCCGGGUAACUAUGUCCAAUUUCAUUGUAAGAAACAUGUAGCCAAACUUUGCUGAUUGAUUGGUGUCUUACCGGAUAUAGAGGUGGGUUUUUUUCUUCUUCAGAGUAUACGUAGAAUAGAACACACAAAAUCCAGCAGGGACUAUUUUUGUUAAGCCAACUCUCAUGUUUCCAAGCUAGAUCCAACUGGCAUCUUUACUUUUCCAUCCAAGUCUCAAUUUCCAAGCCAGUUGCUAUUAUCCUUUUCAGUAGAGACGCCUCAGAUAAACAAAUGUCUGUAGUACAAACAAAAUAAGCAGAAACAGGGAGAUACAGUAUCUAUGAACUCGUAAGUACAGGUUGAGAACUAGGUUAGUGUGUGGGUGUGUACAUGGGAAAGGUUCUCGUCUUUAAGUUCACAACUUCUUGUUGUUCAAAGUUUGUAAGGCUCCCUCCCACAUGUUAAAUAUAUUGAUCAAAAUGAGAUGGCUCAUCAGCUGCUCCCGAGCAUUCUCUAAGCAGCACUGGAAAAGUUGGACUUCCUCUUUGCUUUGAAAGAAUGCCUGGGGCUAGUUUGCUUUUCAGGCAGGGAUCAUGUCUUCCUGUGUGUUUGAACCUCACCAGGCCAAUGGGACCCAGUCCUGACUGGGGCCUUGGGCUGCUACUUUAAUUUAAAUAACAACAUUAAUAAGUGCCUAGUGCACAGGGGCCCAUUUCACCAAAACAUCACUGGCACAUUUGAAGGCAGUUAAAACUGGGAGGCCAAGGGGUGAAUGGACGCAGAGAUUGACCUGCCCUCAUCCUGGGAGGUGGUCCUGGUCUAUCCCAGGCUGGGUUGAGCUCCAUUAGCAAGGAAGUGCAAGAGAAGCUGUGGCUAAACAGAGGACACCCUUUUCCAGAGCUGUCACAAGCACUAACUCCACCUAUCCUUUAAAAAAUAAUGAUAGCGAUGAGUGUCCUUAGGCUAAAGCCAAGCAAACAGGCUUAAAUCCUAUUCAUCCCAAAUUCCCAGCUUCCACGUGUCAGGAGGACAGCAACCUCCUUUAGAGAUAACAACUAAUCGCCUUUAUGCAGUGCUGUGAGAGGAUGCUUAAAAAAAGGAAUCUGCCACCCAAUAGCAUUCUGUACUAAUAACUUCUACUCUGCAGUAAUACAAAUAUCAGCUGCCAUGUUGGGGUCUGUUACUGCAGAAUACUAUCAAAUGUUUUUUAUAAAGGAAGAGCCACACGCUGAGAAACUCUUAAACAAUGUAUUACUUACAUUGGCAGUGGCAGUAAUUUUUGAUUUAAGAUGAUCUCCUUGUGUCUGGCUUGGGUUUCCCCUGUUCGUUUGCUUAUAUUUGGAGUCAAAAGUGCUCGAUUCUAUCCCUAGCUUGGCCAUUGAUUCUCUGUCUUGCCCGUGGCAACAAAAUUAACCUCUGCGCAUCUCAGUUUCCCUGGGCUUAUAAAAGGAGUGAUGAAACUUAGCCACCUUUGUAAAGCACUUGGAAGUCUCUAGACAAAAAAAAAAAGAAACGCGAAGUAUCAAUAUUAAUUGUUUUUAUUUGAAUGAAUUGAGCCUCAUCUAGCAGCUCUUACCUAUGUAAUUUCAGUGAGACAACUCACGUAAAUAAGGGUUCACGAUUUUUUUUUGAAUAGUUUGUCCUAGUUCCUUUGAGAUGCUGAGAUUUUAUGCACUUUGCUUCAGCAGCGAGACCUCCUGCAGAGCAACAGUAUAGACUGUGUUCGUUUCCUUGUUUCAGAGCUAAUCAGCAAUAGCAAUCAUUCAAGAUCCUCCCCUUUUUAUAUUAAAAACAAAUAUCUAUGAGGGAGGGGACAAAAAAUAAUCACCAGUUAAACUUCAAAAUCUCUCUUUGCUUGCUGAACAGUUGUUCCACAUGUGACAGAAUUCCUAGAUACCGAAUAAUUGAAAUGCUGUGUUAAAUCAGAAUGAUGCAUGUUGGACAAGCGUUGGGAAAACUCAGUGGCCCAUCUAUGAAAACUAAAGAGAUUAUCACAUUUCUAGGAUCAAAGGACUUCAAAAGGGAAUCCCAGGCCUUCUGGAAAUCAAAUGGCCCCCAAGGAACCAUCACUACCAGGAAAGAAGAAACAUGUCAGAUAGUGCCUGGAUUAUAAAUGUAUUUUCCAUUCUUGUCAUUCCACAACUGUUCAGUGUGUUUAUUCACCAGUCCAUGUGAGUUAUAUUGUAUGUGCUGAGUGCAAUCUCCUUUGAUUGCACUUCUUUUAAAUACUGGACACUCGUCUAAAAGACUCAACUUUUUGCCUUUACUUUGAAGGUGGGGGAUGUAAAAACUUCAUUUUGCAUUUCCAAGCAAUGUAGAUAGAUCUAAAAAAUUCAUGAACCAUCUUGUAUUUCCCAUAUCUGACUAAUGAUUAAAUUGUAAAACUGCAGAGUUUCAUAUUAAGACUAGUCUUUUCACCUGCUUUGAAAAUUAAAAUUCACAUUUGGUAUUAACACACGCACAGUAUUCUUCUGAUCUAAUUUGAAAAGCGUAUCCAAGAGUAAAUGUUUUUAAGCACUGCUAAUACUGUAGUCUCUGUAAGAGGAACAGACACUUCUAAAGAAAUGUUGAAGUUGUCUUUCAUAAUUCAGUCAACAAAUCAGUUUUGUAAUAAAUUAAAGCAAAUGUUCUCAGUUAGAAGAACUAGUGGCUGUUGGCAUUGUACACACACAAAAAAUCAUCCUAGUAUCCAAAGGGUUUUUUGUUGUUGUUUUAUUACAGGGAGAUUCUAACAUUGUUUUAUGGAACUAGUUUCAUUUUGAGGUUGUUACUGAAGAUAAUGGCUUCUGUGUUCUAUGGCUGCUUGAAUUCUUCGUACAUAAUGUCUAAUAAUGUCACAGUGCUGCUGUAUCUAGAGAUCAAACCACUGUUUUGUUUUGGUUUUGUUUGGGGAUUUUUUUAGAAAAAUAAAUUCUUUAAUUUAAA